AGAGAGCGAGAGCUAAAGACCAACUCUGUGCCAUCCAUUUGGUCUUCUUUGGACUUUCAACUUCUCUGUCCUCCAAUCAAGCUGCAUUCAUGAAUCCCUUUGAUUAGGAACACCUUUUUUUUCCCUCUUGUUCAGUCUCCUUCAAAUGAAACCAGGAUGGACCAUGAUCGAGGGAUGGGCAGCAGUCGCUACCGCUAUGAAGAAGAGGAUGAUCGCCAGUCCAUUUACAUCGGCGUCCCGGUGCCGCGAGGCUACCGUCGCAAGCGCAGACGGAGGCGAUCAUCCAUGUCCAGUCGGGAUGCAACGGACGUGGAGAGGGGCUCUCGCCAUGACCACCAUAGGCAACACUACGAGUGUGAUGACAGGGACCGCUACGACCUGGAGGCCGGAAGUCUCGACCAACCAGAUCACGGCCUUCCGCCCGAGAUCAGCAGAACCAUGUCCCCGGCGGCAGAGCGACUGCGCUACAUUUUAGGAGAGGAUGAAGACGGCAUGCCAACGCCCACUCUCUUCACUGAGAUGGACACGCUUCAACAUGAUGGAGAGGAGCUGGAGUGGAGAGAAUCAGCCAGGUGGGUGAAGUUUGAGGAGAAGGUUGAGGAGGGCGGCGAGCGCUGGAGCAAACCACACGUGUCCACGCUGUCCCUGCACAGCCUGUUCGAGCUGCGCACCUGCCUGCAGACCGGUGUGGUGCUGCUGGACCUGGAGGGAUACUCACUGCCACAGAUAGUAGAUGACAUCAUCGAGCGUCAGAUUGAGGAGGGCAUGAUUGGUCCAGAGUUGAGGGAUAAGAUCAGCUUUGUGUUGCUGAGGAAACAUCGGCACCAAACCAAGAAACCCAUCCACCGCUCGCUGGCAGACAUGGGGAAAGGCAGCUCUGGCGCCCCCCGGAGUCCGGCUCGCAGCCCUGCGGCCGCCUCCACCUUCAACCGCUCCACAGAGGACCUGCGCAGUAAACAGGCGGGCAGCUAUGGACGACUGCGUCACGCACAAAGCAGAAGUAUGAAUGACAUCGCAGACACACCGAGCACAGACCAGCUGAAGAACAAGUUUAUGAAGAAGAUCCCGAGAGAUGCCGAGGCAUCCAAUGUGCUGGUGGGUGAAGUGGACUUCCUGGACAAACCUUUUGUGGCCUUCGUUCGCCUGGCCCAGGCCACCACACUGGGAGGCCUGACUGAGGUUCCAGUGCCCACCAGAUUCUUAUUUGUGCUUUUGGGCCCCCAUGGCAAAGCCAAGUCCUACAAUGAAAUUGGCCGUGCCAUUGCUACACUUAUGGUGGAUGAUUUGUUUAGUGAUGUGGCGUACAAGGCCAGGGAUCGCGAAGACCUGAUUGCAGGCAUCGAUGAGUUCCUGGACGAGGUGAUCGUACUUCCGCCUGGUGAAUGGGAUCCCAAAAUUCGCAUUGAGCCCCCCAAAAAAGUGCUCUCUGCAGACAAGAGGAAGUCAGUGUUCUCUCUGAACGAGCUGGGUCAGAUGAAUGGCUCAGUGGGCGGAGGCGGUGGUGUGAGCGAGGACGAGGAGAUGCCUGUGCCCCACGAGCUCGGAGAAGAGCUGGCCUACACUGGCAGGUUUUGUGGUGGCCUUUUUCUGGACAUCAAGAGGAAACUGCCCUGGUACCCUAGUGACUUUUAUGAGGGCUUCCACAUCCAGUCCAUCUCAGCCGUGCUCUUCAUCUAUCUGGGCUGCAUCACCAAUGCAAUCACCUUCGGGGGUCUCCUGGGGGACGCCACAGACAACUACCAGGGGGUGAUGGAGAGUUUCCUAGGUACGGCCCUGGCAGGGACGGUCUUCUGCCUGUUUGGCGGUCAGCCCCUCAUCAUCCUCAGCUCCACGGGGCCCAUUCUCAUCUUUGAAAAGCUGCUCUACGAAUUCAGCAAGAGCAACAGCAUUGACUAUAUGGAGCUCCGACUGUGGAUUGGCAUGCAUGCCUGUGCGCAGUGCCUCUUUCUUGUGGCCACCGACGCCAGCUACAUCAUCAAGUACAUGACGCGUUUCACUGAAGAGGGCUUCUCUAGCCUGAUCUCCUUCAUCUUCAUCUCUGAUGCCAUCAAGAAGAUGGUGGGGUCCUUCAAGUAUUACCCCAUUAACACCGAGUUCAAUCCUGACUACGUCACCGCCUACAAGUGUGAAUGUGUCGCCCCGGACCCAAUUCCAGUGCCGGAUAACUCUUCUACUUUAUUUGGUAUGAACAUAACAGCUCUGGACUGGACUCAACUGAGCAAGAAAGAGUGCGUGAAGUACGGCGGCUCGCUGGUGGGGAAGUCCUGUAAAUACGUGCCUGACCUGGCCCUCAUGUCCUUCAUCCUGUUCUUCGGCACCUACUCCAUGACCGUCUCACUCAAGAAGUUCAAGUUCAGCCGUUACUUUCCUACCAAGCUGCGGAAGCUCAUCAGUGACUUCUCCAUCUUCAUGUCCAUCAUGACAUUUGUGGGGCUGGACAUGCUGAUAGGCCUGAAAACCCCUAAACUCAUCGUGCCCACCGAGUUCAAGCCUACACGUCCAGACCGAGGCUGGAUCGUGAUGCCGUUUGGGAAGAACCCGUGGUGGGUGUACGUAGCUAGCUUUGUCCCAGCUCUCCUCGUCACCAUCCUCAUCUUCAUGGACCAGCAGAUCAGUGCUGUCAUCGUAAACAGAAAAGAAAACAAACUAAAGAAAGGGUGCGGCUAUCACUUGGACCUGUUCUGGGUGGGGCUCCUGAUGGCUGCGUGCUCCUUCAUAGGACUGCCAUGGUACGUGGCAGCGACAGUCAUCUCCAUCGCCCACAUUGACUCCCUGAAGAUGGAAAGCGAGUCCAGCGCCCCAGGAGAGCAGCCGCAGUUCCUGGGUGUGAGGGAGCAGCGGAUGACGGGAAUUCUGGUGUUUGUGCUGACCGGAGUCUCCAUUUUUCUGGCCCCCGUCCUGCAGUUCAUCCCCAUGCCUGUGCUGUAUGGUGUGUUCCUCUACAUGGGUGUUGCGUCUCUCGGGGGCAUCCAGUUCUGGGACAGGACCAAACUGUUCCUGAUGCCAGCAAAGCACCAGCCGGACUUCACGUACCUGCGCCAUGUGCCUCUCAGAAGGGUCCAUCUCUUUACCUUGCUGCAGAUCGUCUGCCUGGCCGUCCUCUGGAUCCUCAAAUCCACCUUCCUCGCCAUCAUCUUCCCUGUAAUGAUCCUGGGCCUGAUGCUGGUGCGCAAGAUGUUGGACAUGGUCUUCUCCCAGCACGACCUGGCCUGGCUCGAUGACCUCCUGCCCGAGAAGGAGAAGAAGAAGAAAGAUGACGAGAAGAAGAACAGCAGCAGCAAGAAGGACAAGAAGAAGGGCAGAGUGGGAGAUGACAGCGAGGACGAUGACAAGUAUCAUCCGUACUCCAACUGUUCAAUGGGCGAGACGGAUCUGGACCGCAGCAUCACCUUGCACCUGAAGAUCUCAUGCCCAUCAUCCCCAGCGAUGACCGUCACCCGUGGAAUGUCCUGCCCGGUACCGCAAGUCAAGAUCGAGAUGGAAUCCGACUAUGAGGACACGGACAUGGACCCCCGGGACAGACACCGCGACAUGAGCAGCGAGACGACCCUCUGAGAGCCUGAGUGGAGUUAAUGGACGAUGGACACUGCAUUUGCAGAAGUUCUCUAGCUUGCCUGUGAACUGCUCUGAUUGAACUUUUCUUCAAAUGCCUCAGUUGCACUGUGAAAUACGGAACCAUCUAACGUACUUGAAAUAUUGUUUUUAGAGUCCAACUCAAGCGACCUUAAAACACAGAUCAGUUUUGCGAAGAAUGAUACAAGCUAAGAACCAAAGAGAAAUGAGGUUGAAGAAUUAUUUUCUUAAUUAAAUCAAAGUAUAUUUUAGGUAAAUAUAUUUCUAUUGAGGCGUACAUAAAGUCUAUGUUGUGUUUUGGCUUUUGGUCCUUUAGAGAUCUGGAUAAAAUAGAUGUAACUCUACGAAGAAUUGUAAGAAACUGCACCGUUUCACGGAUUCUGGGCCCAAGCACACGCCUCACUCUGUGGCUCCGCCUAUCCACACCCCAUCAUUUCUCCUUUUUUUCCUGCUUUGAAA